GUGCUUUUUACCAAUAGAGUGCAACUAACGAUCCAGACGAGCCGGAUGGAACGUUACAUGCGUUAAAGUUUUGCAUAGAACAGGACCGGCAAAGGUUUUUUUGGUGUUUGGUGUUGUUGUAGAGCUAUGACUACGACUUUAUGUGAAGCAGACGGCGCAAAGAAGGUACACCUGGUGUAUUAUUUGAGCACGUGAAGUGGUUUGUUUUCGAGUGUAAGUUCGGCUGCCAUAACCCGUAGCAAGAACAGAUCGUUUGUGGCAAUUGUGUCUGUGUUGUGACUGGUGAAAAUAUGACCAAAUGACACUGGCAUUCCAGCUGCAUUCCUGUGUGAUUUCCGCAAAGAAAAAGGAAUCAAAUAAUUCGCAUGCACCACCAGGAAAGACCAUAAAGAUAAUACACCAAAAUGGUCAUUUUUGUGUAGAAUGUCAAUCAAUGUUUCCGCUGAUCUGUGUUCGUGGCAUGUGGUCAAUAUUGAAGCACAUUUUUUAAACACUAAAGCGAAAGCUUGUUGUGACCAGCAACGGUGCAAAAACACACAUGUUGACGAUGCUUUUCACACCCGCCGAGUGGCACUCGAGACUCGAGGACGUUGGAAAAUAGUUUGCAACCGACCACCGAUAAUGCCCGCACUAGCAACCGUACGCGACGGUGUGUGUGACACGGAAUGGGAUCGAGAUAAAAUCCCUUUGCCGUUAUAUUAGUCACGUUCCUCUGAGUUGCCCGAGCGAUGAGAUGCAUCCUGGAGGUGCGCCACAGUGUACGUUUCCUUCCCAACCGCACUAAGAGGGUGCCCAUCAUUACUUAGCACGCCGGCAGACUCUCGAACCGAUCGCAGCUAGGGCUGCCGGCGGGAACUGGUUAGUUUCCAUUCAUCUCAACGCACACACCCCACGAUGGGGGAUGAUGUCAUAUGCAUCGAUUCGGAUGACGAUGAUGAAGAUGAGGCGGUCCCUUCUGCUGCUGCCGGAAGUGCACUCAAUGCACGUGCUGCAUUUGGACGACACGGGGGCCGGAAUGGGCGCCAGCGGCGUAGAGCACAAAGAGGAAGAAAAAAUGACUCGGCCGUCCUGGGCAACAACACCCCACUGGCAAAGCUAUUGGGUGGACUACGUUGGCUGAGCUCCGAGGUGUACUUUGGAGAAUGGGCGAAAAAAUCGGGAUCGGAUUUUCCCUUCCACUCACUGGUGCAGCGCGUUCGAUCGCUCGUAGCAGAGUUCCAGCGUUACGCUACCACGACGGCAGCACGCAACGAAGGAUGGCGACAAGUGGUAAGAUUUUUAGUACUUCUUCGAACGGUUGGACUAACGGAACCCUCGACGGAGUCGAACGGCGAUGAUGAUGAUCCAGGAUGUGAUAAGCACCUUCAAGAGGACGAUAAGCAGUCAAUUGACGAUGUGAGUCGCUCGCCAACUAACCACAGAUCGAAGCGACCCGGCGGCCAUCUUUCUGUCGUUUGCUGCAAUCGUGAAAAAGCGCGACAAACCCGUCGCUACCAGCUGACAGUGAUCGAUAUACUGGCGGACUACAUCCGGUUCCGGUGCGAAUCGGUGGCACGGUUCCAUCCGCCCAUCCGACCUGGAGCACUGUUGAGGGAAUGUAACCGAAUCGUUGGCAGUAUGUUCGUAAUCUUCGACGGUAGCAUGGAGCUAAUGACGCUGACCCUGCUUCGGAUCGUACCGGACCGGGCAACACACACACUGCUGCUGUACCCUGUGUUUGAGCACAUUCUUACCAGCGCUACGUACCACAGCGACUACGACACCAUACCUGGUUACGUCCGGAUGCUGCUUUGCUUCAAACGCUGGAAGUCACUGGUAAGCGGACGGGCAGAAAAAGCUACCAUCGAUACACACGCCAUCCAGCUGCUCCCCGGGCGCUGUCCAACGGUUCAGCACGCUUCCGAUCUGUCCUUCCUGAGAUUACUUCCACCCGUACCAUCCGGUCAGCGAGUCGCCGAAACGCGCUACCUGCUGGUUACCGAUCUGUUCAGUCUGGAGCACUGCAUUGCCCAGUACCUCCGACAUUAUCGCCGAACUGUUGGCGGCCCGUCAGUGGACGAAUCGGUCCCGAAGCGACGCGACAACAACUCCAUCCGUCAACGGCGUCUGCACUCGAUGGAAAUCAGAAGCAAUUACAUCAACGUACCGCUGCUGGCGGAGCUGAUCGAACGGAAGAGUCAGCUUUGGGCUCGCGCCUUUCCGACACCGUCGGACAUGAUAUCCCACCCAGAUUCCCGGUUCCCCAUCCCGAACCACUGCCUCCAGCAGGAAGUGCAUUCCAUCAUCGAGAGCUUACGAUUGAUAUUUCGCAACCGGGCCGAAUUCAUCGAGCUGACGCUGCUGCGCGUGAAACCCUACCCAGCCUCCAUCAACCUGCUCGGUCCGGUCUUCGAAGCCUUUCUUGGCACGACAGCAGCAACACCGUGCAGUGCAACACCAAUCACCCCUACCGGGCUGACCAUUUAUCGAUCAAACGAUGUGGAAACGUACGGUCGGUUGAUGCUUUGCUACGCCAAGUGGAAGUCACUGUUCUGGACGAUGGCGGAAAUGAACGACCCCAACGAAUGGGCCGGCAUCGACGCCGUUGCACUUACGCAAUUGCCGUACGAUUUUCCCCGUGCCAUUUGCCCGAGGGAUGCACUGCUCAGACGCAUCUUUCCGAUCGUCGCGAUGCAAUGCCGCAUCGACAGUGCGACAGGUGUGGCGCCAACGGGUGGGAAACGAAACAAUGCGACGACCCGUACUCUUCUUCGAACACUUCCCAAACGACCCGAUCUGCAGGAGUUAUGCUUGAAAUUUACACAGGCCUACCGCUGUGGCUCGGAUGCAACUCCACCCGCGAUGCAAAACCUACAGGACCAGCAGGAAGCCCAUCCCCAAACGACAAACUCAACCGCAUACAAAUCAAUGUCCGCUAGUGCGGAACGGUCACAUCGUUGGCACUUGAGCGGUGCUGUAUCCGGCCAGCCUACCUUACAGCCGCACGAACACACCAAGUGGCGAUCGGAAAUGAAACCGAUUAUUAUUCCAGACAGCGACGAUGCAGACGAAACGUCCACCAGCGAUGCCAUCUCAAUGCUGGUCAAAGAAUGCGUCCAUAACAUUCCGGCUCACGACAUGCUCCACCCGGAUCCUUCUACGCCCCGGUCCAACGAUGUGUUUUGUCCAACGGUAGUUUCCACGGGCAACGAUACAUGCUCCACAUCGGGAAUGGAUCGACACUCGUCCACUACACCGCCCGAUGAGUUCGUUACCGACAGUGCGACAACGUUGGUACCGGUAUGGUCACCUUUUGCGGAAUGUUUUCUCAAUACGCCUCCGGCAACACCACAGCACGAAAACCCUCCGGAAGUGGUCGACGAGGAACAGCGACGUGUUGUGCUCGUCAAAAAGUCGUUCCCGAGUACGAGCUGGGCACGACUGAAAGGAACGAUUCGAUUGAUAGGUCAACGCAAGAAACGAAUUUCAGCGGCAGGAAUCGGAAAACGUGUUCUGGGGAAGAUUUUCGCCCAUGGUGGUUGGUGGAACUUUUCCGAUAUUCUAGCCGUAAAACUUCACACCUCAACCAAGGCCAGCCGAGGCUCAUCAAUAGUAAACGAGGGCCUGACAGGGAAUUGUAUAUUGGAGGUAAAGGACACGCUUACAAAUGACCGACUGAAGCUUUUAUCGCCCCAGCCAGCCAUACAGACGGUCGAUUGCCGGAGUUCGACCGGUAAGGCUGAUGGCGAUCGUGCAAAAAACGAUGCCUUGCUACGCGAACUUAUCGAUUGUCUCGGUACUGUUGAUACAAUGCCUUUGGAUUCGAAACAGGGUUACGUUGAUUUUGCUAUUUUGCCCGACAAUCCGGGAUACGGUACGGAACGCAGCCUAACGGACACCGUGGAUGACCAGGCGUCUCCACCGGUGUGCGGAACAUGCGUUGAUACGUCCCCGCUCUUUGCAGCUGAUAGUGAUAAAUAUGUAUUGUUGUUCACCGAGCUAGGACCCGUUUCCUGGCCAAUUGUAUAAAACUUCCAUCCCCAACUAGGAUAGGACUGAUAGGACCGAUUAAGUUGCAUGGUGCGGUACGCAGCCAUUGUUAUAUUAUAAGCAGCUAGGCGUCUCCAUCCCCGGAGAUUGUUCCUUCCUACUCGGAUCGAUAGGUGCUUCCCGCCCGUGACCAAAGGGAUGGCGACCUUCGAUCCACAAAAGCUCAUCGACUUUCAAGGGCUGUUUGUGUCAAUUUCGUCUUUUCAAUGCCCACUGACGUUGGUCAGUGUUGUACAGACGCGCACGGAAAGCUGUGACACAUCCGUCGAAGCAAUUUAGAUAAGAAAAUCAUACGACCAUCGGGCCCCGUAAGCAGGGUGCACGUGGUUGCAACUUGGUAGUGUUAAGUAUAUCUAAUGCGGAACUAAUACUCAUGUUUAAAUGUCCUUUCUUCAAUGCCUUUUGAUUGUCCUCGAUGUUGUCCGAUGUGUUUCACCGAGAUCUCGUUCUAUGCCUAAGUGUGUUUCAGUGUUUGUGAACCAAUAUACUCCUUUUCUUGACUUGGUGUUUUCUCACUUGAAUGGUUGAAAAAUAAAUUUAUUAAAAAAAGAAUAUCCAUUUACUAUAUCCCUUUAAAUACUUAAGAAUAUAGACUCCCAGAAGUCAGUUCGCAUAUUCAAUGCUAAAUCUGCAUUGAAAUCCCAGUUGUGAGUUCGAAACCAUUUCACUUUGUCAAAACUAAUAGUAUAUUUAGCAAUUUCCAUUCUGUACUACCCCAAUUUCUUAGUUUUUGUUAUGGUUUAAACAUAAAUUUUUGCCAAGAAAAAAAUCCUUAAUCUUAAGCUGCUAAAUAGCAAACAAAUAUGAGGAUAUAUGUACUCUAGUAGACCACCAUCAUCACCAAUCAUGCCUUUGAGUCGUCACUUCCUAAUCAUCAACAUCAUCAAUGCCUAUUUUGUGUGUGCACGACACUGACAGCAAUGGCAAGCGGUGGCUAAGAGAUUUUUCUCCCUGCCUUGCGGGUUAUUCGUACUCAUGCACACACCGAAUAGAUGUUGCGCAACGAAUUUAUCGGUUUCAGCGUGUUUUACGAGUUUCGGUUUCAAUGGCACUGUUGCCCACAGACAGCGAAACUGCUAGCUGGAAGCCAAAGCACUGUAUCAGUACAAUUGAGGGAAGAGAACCGAAGGGAAGGAGUCAGCAGUAGGUCAGCGAAACGAGCGCUGGCCAGGCCGGAUCUUUACUUACUUCGACUCAACCACAACACACACAUACGCAAAAACACACAAUCAACGUAAACAGAGAGAAGCACAGGGAGAACGAAAAUGGUGUUAAACGAAAGAGAACUCUUAGACAUACUUUCUUAAGCAGGUGAAACUUGCUAGGAGGGAGGUGAUCGUAACAAGACUUGAUCAAGGGAACAAAAGUUGAGAACAAAACUAUGCGGAAACCGGAGUUAAGACACCAUUAUACAAUGUUGGUGUAUUUGAGUGGUCUCAUAUAGCAAUAGAAGCAAAAAAAUGACAGUUCCUGUGGCCAACAUAUACCGAUUAACGCAAACAUACCUAACAGGCUUGCUAGAGCUCAUAGAAAACCCCCAGCCCACAGGGCAAUCUCGCACGAACAGCUAACUCACCAACCAACUUACUCUGCAAUCAACCAAUGCUAGCCAUCAACAAUCGUGCAAUAAGGUUAGUUGUAUCGUUGUAAAGUCGAAGGAAAAGGAAAAGGAAAAGAAAGGCGCACAGAAAACGUAACGACACUGUACAUAUACUUUGGAGAGAAGCUAUCCUAUAGCCCUUCCCGUCUCCUUUCGAUGGUUUCACCAAUAAUAGCCAGAGUAUCAUUGAGAUUGUGCUAGUGUAAGUAUAUUUGUCCUCUCUGGGCCUGGGAGAUUCCCACACGGCAAACAGAUUUCCUGUAUUUUUGCAAUCAAUCACUAACCGAUGCACUACUAUCGCCGCAUUCUAACGAACGAUAACCAAAUAAAGCGUAUUUGCGUACAUAUUCAUAUUUGAAGAUCGAUGUAAAAUAAUUAUUCGUGUGUGUGUUUCAUUUCUUUAGUUUUUCACAAAUAAUGGAAGAUAUGAUUUAUA